AUGCCGUCUGACGAUUCUCUCCUGGCCAUCGACUGCAACGACCUCACCUUCGCAUGGCGCGAUGGUGACGAGCCCGUCCUCGAGGGCAUCAACCUCCAGCUGGACCGCGGCGACUGCUGUCUCCUCAUGGGCGCCAACGGAGCCGGAAAGUCCACCUUCCUCCGCAUUCUCGCGGGCAAGCGCCUGACCAAGACGCGCAACUGCCGUAUCCUCGGACAGGACGUCUUCAUGAACCCUCCUGGCGGCGUCGUCUACCUUGGUACCGAGUGGAGCAACAACCCUGUUGUGCGCUCUGACAUUGUUGUCUCGCACUUUCUCGACUCGGUCGGCGGCUACCGUCACCGCGCGCGCCGCGACCGCCUGCUCCAGAUCCUCGACGUCGACCUCGACUGGCACAUGCACGAGAUUUCCGAUGGAGAGCGCCGCCGCGUCCAGCUCUGCAUGGGUCUCAUGACCGAGUGGGAUGUCCUCCUCCUCGACGAAGUGACCGUCGACCUCGACGUGCUCGUCCGCGCCGACCUCAUCGACUUCCUCAAGAACGAGUCCCAGACCCGCGGCGCGACCAUCCUGUACGCGACCCACAUCUUUGACGGCCUCGGCGAGUUCCCCAACAAGAUCUGCCACAUCCAGCUCGGCAAGACUCCCCGUGCCCUUGUCCACUGGAAGCCGAACCAGGCCGACCUCUUCAAGGUGGCCCUCGAGUGGCUUCGCGAGGACCGCAUUCUCCGUCGCGAGAAGGAGGAGGCCAAGGGCCGCAUGCGCGGUCCCAAGACUGACUCCUCGUACAAGGACGCCCAGACGUUCUUUGAGAAGUACGACUACUCGCACUAA